CAAAAACGUGACAGAGCAACCGAAAACACUCAGUACUGCUUCAAACGUGAAUGUGAAAUGAUUUGUGAUGCCAAGAUGAGCACAAUUAAAUUAGUUUUUAAAACUUAUCUAUUAGUUUUAUCAGUAAUCACAGUUGCUUCUCAGCAAGAAUUUGGCUACGAAUUACUGGUGGCAAAACUCGAAGCACUGGAAGACCGUUUUGUCAAACGCGAUACCGCAUUGCAAAUUUACGAAUCCUGUGACAAUGUUCCGUCAAAGAUUUCCGGAGUGUACAACAUCCAAAUCGGUCCUCAAGAAACGAAACGCAUCUUCUGUGAUCAGGAAUAUAACGGAGGUGGAUGGGCUGUGAUCCAGCGGCGCUUCGAUGGAUCAGUGAACUUCUUCCGAGGAUGGGAAGAAUACAAGCGUGGAUUUGGUAACAUGAAUGAUGGAGAGUUUUGGCUUGGAUUGGACAUCAUACAUCAGCUAACUUACUCGGGACAUAAUGAGCUAAUGGUUUUGCUGGAAGAUUUCGAAGGAAACUCAACGAAUGCAAAGCUGGACAAAUUUGAAAUAGCAGCACAGCAGGAAGGGUACAAAGCAACAGUAGCAGGAAUGAGUGGCACUGCCGGUGAUUCAAUAUUGUUCAUUAAUGAUCGCAAAUUUACUACGUUCGACGUAGAUAACGAUAUGCAUUCCUCUAAUUGCGCCACAAUGUUUCAUGGAGCUUGGUGGUAUACUAAAUGCCAUUCCAGCAACUUGAAUGGGAAAUAUCUGAGGGGCGAAACAACCGAAUAUGCUACGGGUAUGGUAUGGAAAUCUUUUCGUGGACAUCAUUACGCUCUUAAAUCAUCGAGAAUGAUGAUCAGAAGAAAGAAGCCAAAUAAAUAAAUUGAAUUAAAUCAAAUUUAGUUAGCAUAGCAUGACUGUUUUGAUAUUGUGUGUUUUGUAACGUAUGCACAGUCAAGUAGAUCACU